CACGCCGUUCAGUUGAGUGUUGUGUUUCUUCUUCGCUUUUCCGUCGUAGUCUUAUCGACGUUAUUAUUAUUUCAAUUAUUUUGUAUACCGAAUGUGUCGCGAAAUACAACGGCGGUCGAUAUCGUUUAAUCCCAACUGUGAAUAUUUUUUUUGAUUUUUUUUUACAAGAGUGUUUUCUUGCGGAGCCUUUGCUGCAAGAUGCGGCGAUUACUUCUUCUUGUCAUCUUAACAACUACAGGUAUACCCUAAUAGUUACACCUACUUAAAAAAUACCGGAGGCGAAUUUUUUUGGAUCGUUAUUUUCUGUCUCUGAAACUUAUUUAAACUAUUUUUAUUUUCAUCGUAAUAAUAUUAAUUAAUUAGUUUACAAUAAUUUUUACAUCCCCGUAUUAUUCUUAUUAUUACCUAUUUGCCUAUUUAUAUGUUUGUUGGCGAAGCUUUGGCUAACCGAUCAAAAACCCGAAUCGCGUCUUAACAAACUGUUGAAGAAAAUAGAAAAUAUAUUAUUUCCACCUCAAUAAAACCCAACCUGCAGGUAUAUAAUAUUUAAAUGUUGUGAUGUGUACCUAUGUGUAUAAUGCGUAUUCCCUUUAGACUGUAUGAUAUGCAUGCAGGGUCGUGCCUGGGGUGGGGGUGCAAGGUGCGAGAGGUAUCCACGUCCCGGGUGCUAUUACUACAGGGGCGCCUUUUUUUUUUUGCUCAUCAUUCAAUUUGUCUGGCAUAGGGUGCCGAUUUUGUUAGACACAGCACUGUGUGCUGCAUGUUUAUAAAUUAAUUAAAUACUUUAAAAGCGUGCUUUCAUUAUAAAUUGGCAUAAUUAAAAACAGUUUAAAGGGACACAAAAUUACAGUAAAUGUGUAUAGGUUAAUGUAUAUAUUUUUUGCUCGGUAAAUUUACACUCUUAACGGCUUCUUCUAAACCAAAAAAACUCAGGAAUUACAGUUUUUUAAUAGACGGUUUGAAGUGAUAACAAUUCGGCUGAAUUUCAAUAUGAAUUUGACCACGUUGUUAUGGGAAGACGGUGAUUUUCAGCUUUGUACACACCCGCAGAUCCCUAAAUAAACCCAGAGGGAUGCAAUUUUGUAAUGUAUGGUGUACAUAUCAAGAAUGUACCUUUUAAUGGUUUUAAUUUGCAAACGCCUUCCCAACCAUUUUUAUGCUCAAAUGCCAUGUUUCACAGGACAUAGCAGGUUUAAAAUACUCUGACUACUGGCUCAUAAAAGUAAGUAACUUGGUUCAAAAGUGUAUAUAUACUCGUGUAAAUAGAAUUGUCGAGUAAGUACCUUAAAAAGGUAUGAACUUUCGACUCCUGUUCCAACCGUUUGUUUGUAUGUCAGGGAAAAUCUCGAGAACUACUCGACAAAACUUGUUUUGUUUAAUUUCCAUACCAACAAUAAUAUAAUAUUCGUAUAAAGGCUGGUAAACAAAAAAAAAAAAAAAAUGAAAAUAAUUUAUACAUGAUUUGAAAGGCCGUAAUUUUUACAAUUUUCGUCAUAAUUUGAUCUUGAAACUCGUUUACUCAAUUAUUAAGAAAACUACACGGAACACUGACAAACGGCUUUUUUACACCUACUAGCUCCAAAAUUAAACGAUAAAGUUCUCUUGUCAUUUUUCGAUUGGAGAAUUAUUUCUGGUAGGUAGCAUAAAGCGUACAAAUUAAUAAUAAUGAAAUUAUAAUGCCGUAAAUUUGUCAGUUUUCAUUUUACUUCUUUAUCCGAUUUUCCCUAAUUACUAUGAAAACUGCUUGGAACACAAAAUAACUCACCAACGAGAUUAAAAAUAUAACACUACUAAGUGUGGUUUUUUAAUUGAAAUAAGAUUUUUGGUUGAAAACAUCUUUGAAAACAUAAUUCGUUAAAAAAAAACAGUAAAACCAAUAAAUCCCACUUCGAAUAAACCCCGAAUCUAUAAAACAUAGAAUAUAAAAACGAAAAAGGCCUGCUGGGAGAAAAUUUGACUUUAAUGACGAAACUCUGCUGCAUAUAUGUGUUUUAGAUUCUGAGCGGAGCGAGGAAUAUAUUGGUUUUACAUUGAAGUUAAUUUUUUUUUUUUCUGUAAACAACUUUUCUACCAGAAAUUUUUCUCCGAUUUUCAAGUGUAGUACCUUUUAUAAAGGGAAAUUGACUGAGGUGGUUCCUUUAAAGAAGUUAUUUUUUGAUUUUAACAGGAGUUUUCAUAACAAAUAGGAAAAAACGUAUAUCAUUUUUAAAUGGUGAAUAUUACGUCUUUUAAAAACGUAUAUAACCGAACCCCGCUCAAAAUCAUUUUUCGUUACCAAUAAAUUAACCGUUUGGAUACAUAUUAACCUUUCCAACUUCUAACUUACAACAGUGGUCCACCCAUUGUGUGAAGUAUAUUUGUUUUUUUUUUUAAUUUAUAUGCCUAUUAAAUUCUUUAAUUUUUAUCAGUUUUUUUUUUUUUUAUGUAUCUAGGUGUAUAUUGCAUAUUUUUUCUGUAAAACACUCAUUAUCUCGGAUAAUAGAUAUAUUUGGUUUUAAUACAUUAUUGUAUGGAGUAGUUAUUAUUUUUUUCAGAAUGUUCUUUAUGGAAUUAUUAUAUUAUGAUUAUGUCACCCUUAUAUUUGAUGCUGAAACCACUAUCAACUUUUGAUCUUAAAGUUUAAAUUACAAGUAGUAUGCAUAUUUCUAAUUAUAGGUCAUAAUUUUGUAACAUUUAAAAUUGUUUAUCAUUAUUAUAAACGCUAAUGUAAAUACUUCAAAUAUUUUUGGUGGGAGGGUCUACAUCCCCUUCAAUAUUUAUUAUGUAGGUACUUUACCUAUACUUUGUACUUACUCGAUAAGAACUUUAUUUGAGGGAAAGUCUCCAUCUCAAUUUGUGUAAAUUAUUUUUAAAAAUUACAUCUAUUACUGUAUUAUAUUAACUAUAUUUAAAUUUUUAGAUUUUAGGAUUUAUGAGAUGUUUUAUAAUAAUUUUCUUUAAACAAUUUAUUUAUGACGGGUCGAUUCCAAAUUAAAAGUACUAUUUCAUAAAUAAUAACCAUAAGGUAAUAACAAUAAAGAAUGAUGGAAUACAAUAUUUUACAAUUACUAUAACAAGAAUGAACACACAAUAAUAAAAAAACUUGCCUUAAUUAUAGAAGAAAAAAAAGUUAGGGUCAUUGUUCUUUUUUCGCAUUUGGCGAUAGGAAAAUUUUCGUUGAAAUUAUAGAAGGCGAACGAAAACUAAAUAAGAAAGGCACAGACAAACAAAUAAUAUGGCGAAAGUACAUUUGAAAUUGAUAAGGGAUAGAAGUUGAGGGUCAACUUUACCAGACUUAAAUUUUUUCUGAAUUUUCGAAUUUCCACUUUCGCAUUUUCACUAAUACCUAAUCUUAAUUUUUAGAUCUCAAAUGUGAUAUCUUUUUUACGAAAAAUUACGUAUAAACAUUAUAUGGGGUUGUAUAAUUUAAUAUUGUGAACACGUGUGGGAAUCUUUCCUAGGUAUCAAAAGAGGUAUACAAUACGUCAAAACAAUUAAUUAUUAACUUUUAAAAAGAAGAAUUCAAUUUGAAUAAUUCUGCUAUAAUACAGAUAUUAGUUAACAUAUAAAACGUUGUAUUUAGAUUUUUUUGUUUAAAAAAGUAUGCUAUUAUUAUUAAUAACAAAAUUAGAACCAUUACACUUCUGAGUAAAUAUAGUUAACACAGGAAUUGAUUAAAUUUUGUUUUAUAGUAUUAUGUUACGGGACGCGAAAGAAAUUAUUUUGUCUUUUGUGGCAAGGAAACCAAUGUCAUUCAAAGAAAGUACUUAUGUACAUUAUUUUUUCACCUUUUAGUCCAUACAAAAAUAUCAAUAAAAAAAAUUAAAUAUAAAAAUUACCGAACGUUAAUUUUGUUUAUAUUGUAUACCUAAUACAUAUAUACCUAUCUAUUAUUCUUAAUUUAUAAGAACGUAAUAGAAAAUUGGUUUAUGCUUUCACAUUUCCUUUUUAACAUUUUUUUUUUGUCUUAAAUAUUGUUGGUACGUUCAACUUAUUUAUUAGUUUUUAAUUAAACAUUUAAAUAUAACAAACAUAGAUUAUAUUACACAUUUUAUAAUUGGUAAAAUCGAUUGUUUUUUGAAUAUUUCGAGACUGAAGCUACAUUUCAGCACUCUUUCACCCACAUAUCCCAUCUCUUAACAGAUUCUUAAUUUUAUUUUAUUUAAAUCAAUAUCGAAAGAUUAUUGUGCCUCACUGAGAAAAUCUCGUUUUGAGGCCCAGGGUUAUUUUAGUUUACAAAUAAUGCUCAUUAAUACAGGUACAUAUUGUGUAACAAAAGGAUAUUUGUACAGAAUAAAUUAUUUAUUUUAUUUUACGAAAACAACCUCUUUUUGCGCGCUGAUGUAUGUACAAAUAUUUUAGAGGGGGUGGACUUAAUAUUGAUAUUAAAUAUACUUAGUAUUUACCUAUUUGGUUUUGGGGGAUUGCCUGAGUUUUAGAGGGGCUAAAUUCCUUUACCCUUACUAUUUGCGUCUACAAGUCUGUACAUUAUAAUUAAACUAUAUAAUGGUAUGAGUUUUAUCCAGUGUUAAUAUAGCUUAUACAGAGAGAAAUUUGAGAGAAGGUAUAAAAUAUAUAAUAUAUAUAUAUAUUUAAUUACCUAAUUUUUCGUUUAUACAUAAAUAUUAAACAAUUAUUAGUUGAAAUAUUGGAUACCUAUUAAAGUAUAAAUAAAUUACAUGAAUUCAAUAAAUAAAACAAUAUUCCGCUAUUUGAUUUUUUGUUUUUUCAAUAAACAGUUGUUUAUAAUAUUUAUAUUACUGUAAAUAUUUUAUUGUUUCUAGCGGAAAAAAAACAAACAACAAAAUAAAAAUUAGUUAUACAUCGCAUUAUCUAAAUUACUCUUACUGUUUUAAAAAUAAUAUUAUUAUAUCUAUGUAUGGAAUAUAAAUUAUACAUGGAAGUAUGGAAGUCUAUCGAAUCGUGUUAUAUAAUAUUAUAUCGCAUUCAGUGCAAUACGUAUAACGAAACGUAUACGAAUAUUUAAUUUUAAAUAUUUCUGCACAAUAUUAUGAAUUUCUUACUUUAAUAUGUUCAUGUUUUUUUUUUUUUUUUUUUGUGCCUGUAAACCACUUUUCAAUCAGCAAUCUUACUCUACUUUUCAAUUGUAGCAUUUUUUCUGAAAACAAAUUUUAUCUUGUUUUUUAAAAUUUCAUAUAGUUUUCUAUUUGGGAAAAAGCGUUAAGUAAACGGAAAAAUUUUACUCCAUUUCCCUCGUGUUUUCAGUAUUUAAGUUUUUUUUUUGUAAUUUAGUUAAAAUUAGUACUUUUUAAUUUUAGUACGAUUUUCAAAAUAUUCUUACCAUUUUUAUGCUAUUUAAAGCCAUGUGAUAUUUUCUAGUUAUUUUUAUUUGGUUUUUUUGAUUAAUAUUGUUUUGGCCUCCAGAACGUAUUUAGGGGUGUCCUUGGGUGCAUUGGUCUGGAGUACCUAUUUUAGGGGGUGUGAUUAUCUUUUAAAUCAUGAUUAAAUAGCAGUUAUUAUUAUUUUUUGUUUAAUAUGUCUUAAUAUCUCAUCUCACAAUUUGCAUUUAUUUAAUGAGUGUUACAAAAUAAUGCGCUUUAUGAAAGGGCGUUAAAAUUGUAAAUACGUCUCUGUGUUUGACGUUUGACCCGAUAAAAAUGCUCGAUAAUUUACCACGAGAUUCGUUAUAAGUUUUACUUAAUGGUAAAAAAAACAAAGUUGUGUGUUAUGCAAUGAUUUUGUAAAAGUUUUAAUUAUUAUUAAAAUCGUAAAAAUUGUGACUUUUUGAAAUAUUUUGAACGGAACUUUACUCAGAAUCCUAGAAUAAUAAAUAGCUACUAAAGUGUAACAUAUUUUAUCUCGAAAUCCAUGCCUGAAUUUCUGUGACAAGUUUUGUGCAAAAUAUCAAAAAAUAUAAUAUUAUUAAAACUUGUAUCUAUAAAUAUAUAGCUAUCUAUAUACAGUAGAACUAGCUUAUUAGGAACACAGAUACUUGAUACAAUUGCGUUAUCCAAACAAAAUGUGUUUAAAUAGAAAAUACAUUUUAUUAACUAAAACUAUGUUAUAAGAAUACAAAUUACACUAUUUGUAAAACUAAGUCUUAUUACUACUUUUUUUUCAACUGUUUAACAAAAUAAUAUUUCUUGAGAUGCUCUGUGUACGAACUCGAAUUUUCUGUGAUUUACAUCUUAAACUAAACUUACAGCAUGUAUGAUUCAGAGUAUGUACAAGGUGCAUAUAUAACUCUAUACUUAAAUUGCUAUUGUGUAAUAUACUAAUACCAUACAUUUCUUCUUGUAUACAUAGUAUAUACAUAGGUAUCUUAUUCUGUACUUUAUUAUAAAAUAUUAUGUUGUUUAUUAGAGUGAUUAUUUCGAUUGUUGUGAUUUUCAAAAUUUUGCAAUAAUCCAUCAAUAUUCAAUAAUAUUUUAUGUAUUCUGUAAAUAAACCAACUACCAAUAUAAUGCAAUGUAACGCGUCAUUUAUAUCUGUUGAAAGAAAAGAAAAACCACCAAUAAUUAUUAUAAUUAAAAGGAAAAUGUAAAAACAAUUGAGAGGAAAUGUUUAAAUAUAAUAUAAGUACCUAGUUGAUUAUCAUAAUCACCAUCAUAGAUUUGAAUUCAGGUUAGACUAGGAAAUUCAAAGAAAUGUCAGCGCGAUAUAAUUUCGAAAAUUGGAGGAUGAUUACAACAUAACCAAGAGCCACUCGGUCAUUUGACACGGUUGUUUGUUUCGCUUAUGAUUACCCCAGAUCGCUUUUCUUCCGUAAGUCUUAAGUAUUUGCUCCAUAUAACACAAUACGAGUACCUGUGUUUUAUGUUACAUAGUUAAGUACUUUUAUUUAUUUGUAUUAUUAUUAUAAUAUUAGUUUAAAUUAACAUUAAUAUAUAUAGGCGGUUAAAUGCACAGGGAUUCUUGUGCUUAAGUACAGUAUACGUGUACUCGUAUUUAAUUUAUUUACAUGGGUAGGUAUAGGGUAUUAAAUGUUUGUAGCGAAAAUAUAAAAAGUAUAAUUUUAUGGUAGAAAUAUUUUCAAAAUAUGUUAAUUUUAUGAUUCGUCAAUUACUUUUAGGUUAUUAUUAUUUACACGGCACUAUAUUAUCCAAUGUAUGUAAAUUUGUGUUAUUGUUUGACAGCCGUUCAUAUAUUACAUUAUUAGUAUUAUUAUUUAUUAUUAUUAUUCUUUUUCUUAUACUUUCGUAAUAUGUUAAAACUGCAGCUCACUUAAUAGAAUUCAAAAAAAUUGUAUUUUAAAAAAAGGAUAUAAUUUUGUAUUAAAUGGCAGUAAUGACAAUUUUGAACUUUUAGUGCUAAAAAGUUCUACGUGUAUAACUUACACAUUGAAUUAUUGUUAUUAUUAGGUAACACUGUUAUAGAUAUGUAACUGUAUAACUAAUGAUUUAAUUUUAUUCUUAUAAAAUAUCCAUAUAUUCUUUCUCUACAUUAAACAAGUUUCAGAUUCGUUUCUGAAAUCAAAAUAAUUGACAAUCUCGUGAAUGAUAUAUUAAUUAGUAAUUACCUAUCUAUAUAAGUCACGUGCUCGUCAUAAAUACCUAAAUAAUUUAUAUAAUUUUAAUUAUUUUAACAAGUUUAUUUUGUAAUGAGGAAUAACGAUCCAAAUUAUUUAUUUAUUUAGUCAAGGUGAAGCCUUUAUUCAGUUUUUUAUUUUUAUUUUUUUUAUUUAUUAUAUUGCAGGUUUUGUAGGAUGUUUAGCAACUUCAACUGAAACGCUAUGCAAGUUCCCUGGUGCACCGGCACAUUCGACUGUAUCGUUUUCCAACGAUACUUUACCUACUGGUGCGAUAGCUACGUAUAAUUGCGAAAGGGGAUUCGAACUUCUGGGACCAGCUAGAAGAGUGUGUGAACCGACCGGAGAAUGGCUGCCCGAAGGAAUACCAUUUUGUGGUAAGUUUUUUUUAAUUUUUUCUUAAUUUCAUCAUAUUUGUAAUAGGUAUAGAAGCUAUAAUAGUAAUAUCAUUUUAAAUUAUAUUUAAUGGUUUACUGACUAUUAUUCGUUGAUCGUUUCUAAUAUAUUUUAAAUUAAUUUUAAACCGAUUAAGAAUAAUAUAAGAUCCGGCUAAAUCAUAAAAGACUUAAACGACAUGCACGUAAUAUUUUUUAAAUAUUUAUAUUGUUAUAGAAAGUUUUUGAGCUUAUAUACCUACUAUUCAAUGUUUACUUUCCUUAUUAUUUUUAAAUUUUCAUCUGGUACCUAACAAUUGAUUGCUAUAUAAAAGCGUUUUUCCUACAAAUUAUGUAUUUUUAAUGAACACAUAAUAUCACUCUUUUGUUAUUUUUUUUAAACUUUCCCUUGCGUUUAUAAGCACUACCGAAACAAUAUGAAGAUUUAUUUUUAUUUGUUAUUCGUGGACUUUUUUUAUAAUAAGAUAACUAUCUAGUAAAAAUUGUUGUAUUAUUAAUUACCUACAUCGUUUAUUAGAAAUUAGUAAUAGUAUGAUACUUAUUAAGCCAACGAAAAUAGUUUAAUUUAAAUAUAAUGUUAUCUACCUAUAAUAACAUUGUAUAUCUUAUAGAAAAAUCUAGCAAGGAAAAUAUUGAAAUAAUGUGUGGUAAUAUAUCAACACUCUUAAGUAUUCUAAAUGUACGAUGACAAAAAAAAACAAUUUUUUGAAUAAAAAUAGUAGGUACCGUUGGCCAAGAUAAUAAUAAUAAUAAUAAAAAAAAAUACUACCGCAUGGUUGUCGCGUCGGUUAGAAUCAUAUACAAAGUGGUAAAUUAUGCUCGUGAAUUUAAUGCCCCGUGAAAAAGUAUAUAUUUUCAUGGGUAAAAAAUGAAAUUUAUUUUAUAACAAUAGUACUUACCUAUAAAACCGCUGUUUCUUCAACAGAUUAUAAUAGCGUAAAGAAUUGUAAUAUUUUGUUAUCCACAAGGACAAAAAAUACCGAUUAAAAACAAAACAGAUCUAUCUAUCUACAUAUAAGUAUUAAGUACUAUAAUUUUUUUUUGAGAUACAUACGAUUUUCAAAUCAAAUCAAUGCUUAGUAUUCAUUAUCAAUAUUUUGGGGGCUUAAGUUUCCCUGGCCAAAAAAAUAUUUGAGCUAUUUGCGCUUUAUAUAAAGUAUUUGUAUGUUUAUCGUUAUGAUUGUUAAAUAAAAAUUCAGUCAAGUAACUAUUCUUUUCAUAAAGAUACAUAACAUCAUUUAUAAAUUUGUUAUUCGCUUUUGAUGAUAAUUAUUUCAUUUAUUUAUUUAUUGGGUUUAUUUGUAUAAUAUAUAUAAUGUAUUUAUCGAAAUAUUACUUAGUAGUUACUUACUAUAAAGGGAACUAAUUUAAGAAUAUGUUAACAAAUUAUUUGCUUAAUUUAUUUUUGAAUAAUUGAACAAACACUGUAAAAUUUUUCAAAAUUCCUCUAUUAUAUAAUUGUGGCUAUACUAUCAAUGACAACAAAAUAAUUAUACAAAUAGUCUCUAUUAUAUGAAUAUUAAUAAGUAUUUAAGAAUUAAGUACACAUCAUUAUUUAAGUACUCGUAGAACCUAAGACGAAAUGUAUUUCUUUUUUUUGUUUACUGUGUGGGGUCCAUGUAUAUUGUAUACGUCUAUUGGUAGGCUUAAAAAAAUAAAAUAAAAUAAACACUGGUCAUUUGUAUUACAUUUCAUACCGACAAGUACUUAUUAUAAUAUUAAUUUGCAUUAUUUAAAUGUAUUUAAAGCUACUUUUAGAUAGUUAGGAUGUUAAUACUUCUGUUUACCUAGUCCGACUCGUUGUUUUUCGAUUGCAGGGACGCUGAAAAUUGAAUUCCAAAUGUGUGUACUUAAAUAACAUUCGAUAUUUAUCACGAGACCAUUUUAUUAUAAAUAAUAUUAUUUUAUCUACAAAAGCAUUCACUUCUUAUUUAUUAUGUAGGUACUCCUCUAAGAAGUGAAAAGCCAUUUUGUAAUUGUGACCUGAUUGUAACUUCCAAAGUGGGUGACGUAUUCAUUAGUGUGACCCGUAGAUUUUAAGAGCUGAUGACAGAAGCUACAUUAUAGUAUUCAAUCGUAGGGACAAAACAAUACGCGCCUAGAAUAUAUUAUAUAUUAAUAAUAACAAUGUAGUAAUGAUAACCUGAUUUUUACGAAUUCAUUAAAUUCGCCGUACGACGAAUUAAAAUAAUCGAACAAUUAUAUCGCGGAAAGAAAGACAAAAAAAAAAAAAUCACAAUAUGUUUCAUACAGUUUAUGUCGAUGUAUAUAGCCGUAACACAUAAUAUGUAUAUAUCAUAUUGUAUCGCCGGUGUCCUAUAGUCGUCCAAGUACUGUAGCUACCUAUAUAAUAAGUACGUAAGAAUCUUCAAGUUGAAAUUGAAAAUGAGACCAUCAGCAUGGGUGUGUGUGUAUAUUAUAUAUUUACAGUGUUGAUGUAGGUGCGCAUAUAUUAUCGUAUUGGCGGCGCAUAAUAUAUAGGUAUAUAGUAAUGUAAAUAAAUAAAUAAAUAAAUCGUGUUCUCGAUAAAACACAACGUCAAUUUUUAUAUGUCACACGCGGAAAUCCUUUUGUCACCCGUACUGAAUUUAAACGCGCCGUAUAUAUAACAAUGUUAUUAUACCUAUACGUCAUUAUUAUUAUUGUGGUGCGUUGCGUCUUAUAAUGUACAGUGUGUACACGUUAAUACGCGGCCCAUUUAUUUAUUUUUUUCGGACAUACUUCUUUACGUCUUCCCAUAUUAUUAUAAUAGUCAUAAUACCGCUAUUACAACGGUAAACUACACCUUAUUCUCGCUUGCGUCUCGUUUCAUUCCGCCGCACGUUUAGAUCCGACAAUCGGCACCCAUCGUAGCAUGAUAAUUGCCAAUCGGCACGAGUAAUCGAUGAGUUUGCCAAAUCAUGACCAAUAGGUACCCACAAUUAUAAUAUGCUUACUAUAAGCCAUAGCUAUAUGUAUGUAUAUAAAUACGGUAACAGAUAGGAAUUCAAUGGCCGUUUGUUUUUCGUCACACUUAAAAAUUCCGUCAGUCCUUAUAUAUAUACGUACCUAUGCGUUGGGACUUUAUUUUGUCUACUAUCGAACGGACAUCAAAUAUUCAUAUACAAUAUAAUUUUAUCAUGUACGGGUACAAAUAGUCGGUCGUAGGUGCGCGGCGAUUUAGUGAUUAUUAAUUUUUUUUUUUUUUUUUUUUUUUUAAUAUUUAUGUCAUGGAAGUUUUCACUCGGUUAUGUACGGAGAAAGUCUUAAUCUCCUUGUAAAGUAAAAUUUAUACAUCGUAGGCUCGUAUAUAAACAUAUGUACUAAUAUAAUUUCAGUAUAUUAUAGGUAAUAAUUUGUGUAACUAUUAUAAAAAAAAAAGUAUUUUUUUUUAGUGUAUAUUUCAAGUAUGAUGCGUUUAAAUAAUACACGAUCCCACAAUAGCUGUUCCGUAUAAUCCUUAAGCUCUAUAAACUGAUCUCGAGAGAAGAAAAAUACUAACCCGAUAGUUACAUUGGCCUAUUCAAAUUUAUAGUCGCGACAUAAGAGAUUCUUAUAAUAUACAUUAUUGUUAUGAUCUUUAUUGUCAAAAGUUUACUUUAAAUUUAGCUCGGUAAAUUAUGAAGACGUUGGUUUUAUUAAAAAUAUAAUACAGAAAAAAUAUGAUUAAAUUAUAAAAUACCUAUAUGGUAUUUAGUAUGCUUACGCGAUGAACAUUUUCGAGCUGAAUGGGCUGGUAAAUAAUGUUGUUUUUAGAAGAGUCAUCUGAGCGUUAUAAAUCCACAAGACUCGUACCAUAAUUGACCAUUUAAAUGGUACAUGGAUAAUGAAUUUACCUAUGUCGGAUAAGCGUGGUCUCGUAACCUCAAUAUGCUAUUGUGUAUAGUAUGUAGUGUAUAAACUAUAAAUACAUUUAAUAAAUAUUAGAUAUUAUGUACAUGCAUGAUGAAUUUAAACGAUUUUUCACUAUUAAUAAAUAAUAGACUACAGGGAUUCUUCUGAUCUUACAGAAAAUAUUUUUGUACAAUUUUCUAAUAAUUCUGCAUCGUAAGUACCUUUAGGUAUAUUGUUAUAUUAUAAUGCACAAAUACCCAGCUAAUACCUAGUUCAUCCUCCCCCCCUAAAUGAAGUCUUUAUCAAGUAAAAAUCAAGUACACAUAAUCAAUUAAAUUAUACGAAGUUAAGCCCCUCCCCUAAAUAUUAGUACUGUUUGCGCCUAUGUAUAUUGUGUAUUACGCUUAAACGAAAUUCUCUAUGUUUUAUAAAACAAUUUAAAUUAUAGGUUCCAAAGAUAUAUUGGGUGUCCUACAGUAUUAUCCGAAUGCUCAUAACUCUAUCGACGUUUAUUUUUUCUUUUAAGAACAUUUUUUUCUAAACGAAUGAAAAAAAAUGAGCAUUGACAGAGUUAAAUGAGCAUUCGGAUAACACUGUACGUGAUCCUGUAUACAUUGAACCGGUAGAGUAAAUGACAAUAAUUAUACGGUAAAACAAUCACGAAUAUGGCAUAUGUUGAAUAAGUACUGUUUUAUGAAAAUAGAAUAAUUUCAAAUUAAAUACCAAAUUAGAUACGUAUCGUCUAUACCUAAGCAGAUACGAAUGAGUCUAGAACAAUAUGUGACUAAAGCGAAAUUCGUGUUUACUUACUCAUUUAACGUAAUCAUAUUAUUUCAAAUAGAAUAUAUUGGAGAUGGCAUUUAAUUUCAUAUAAAUACAAAGCGAGGUUCAAAACAAUAUUUCAUUCAUUUAAAUAUGAAGUUUAAAUUAGUAUUGACAGUUUUUUUUUUGGUUUUAUGUGGAUUCAACUAUGUCAGCCAAGCAGAAAAGUUUCAUAAUUUUAAUCGAAGUUCAUCAUUAGUUGUACUUAGGGUCAAAAAAAAGUCAAGCGAAAUGUAGUCAAUUUUUUAAUAAGCUUUUUGUGUUCAUAUUUUAAUGAAAAUGUUUUAUUAGUUUUUUAAUUUCUAAGUUAGCAAGAAUAAUACUCUACUCAAAAUCAUUUAUUGUUACAUACAAAUUUAAAUUAAAUAACUAUCCUACCUUCUGAACUUCCCACCUAUAAGAGUGGCACACCCAUGAGCCUUAUCAAUUAUUUUUCAAUUUUUAUCUAGAAUUACUUUAUACACAUAUUAAGUAUCCAUUAAGGGUGUACAUUCUUUUUUUUUCAUAUUUUAGUUAUAUAUAUCACAUAAUCAUGUUAUAUAUACGUGUACAAUAAAUAAUAAUAAUAUGAUUAACCAUCUUUUCUUAUAAGUAUAUUUUACAUAAUUUUUAAAUAAUGCAGACAAUAAAACAAAAUAAUAAAAAGAUUAUUGUGCAAUAUUCUUUUAUGUGAUACCGCAUUUUAACGAGUAGUCAUUAUAGCAUUAUAAAGUUAUCAUAUAUAAAAUAACAUUUUAUUCAGAAUAUUACAUAAGUAUACCCACAUGCGCGUAUGCAAAAUAUUAUUAUAGUAGAAGAUUAAAAAAAUCAUAUGCAAUGCCAUAUUUUUGCAUUAGGUCAAAUUAACGGUGCUCGGGAGACGAGCCAAUAUUAUAUAAACAAUACGUGAUCCUCCUGUUUGUGGGUGAAAAUGUAGGUCCUGUCCGCUUUUCGUCUUCUAAUGAUGUGCGACGUAUCAAAUAUAUCGUAAAUUAAAAAUGAGUUAAAUAUCCGCAUUGAAUUUAUAAUAUUGUAUAUUAAAUCCAUUACAGAACCGUGAUAGACAAGUACGUGUAAGAAUCCACCUUUUGUGUACAUGUAUGUGAAAUACCUAUACCCGUGAAUUCGUAUUGGAAUUAAAUCGUAUAAUCAUAUUAAUACCUAUGUAUGCUAUACUAUAAUAUAGCAUCCUAUGUGACUAAAUUGGUAACGGUUACAAAAACAAAAAUGUAUAAAGGCCACAGACAUCGGAAAGUUGUCAAGGGUUUUCGUCAAAAUGUAAAAUAUAAAACACAAUAUAUUUUAUUAUUUUCUACGUUAAUUUGCCAUUAUAAUGUAUGAUCCGUGUCUAUUGUACUAUACUACUGAUACGGUUUGAUUCGUAAUUCCUGCAGGUUAGUAUGGUUACUAUAAUUUGCUAACUAACCACUAGUUGUUAUGAAAAGGCAAUCCGAAAAAAUUACUAAAAACUAAGUUUUAAAACAAAAUUGAAUGUUCUAGUGGGUUUUUCAUUAACUUAAUUUCUAUACAAUCAAAAAUAAUUAUACAAUUAUAAAAAAAUAGCAUAUCCCAAAUAAAUCAUAUUUAUUUCAAAUCUUAAAUACACUUUAAACUAUACGAAUAUACAAGUUUUGUAAUGUGUAAUAUUUCAUUUUAAAGUUGUGCUAUAUUAACAUUUUUAAACAAAGAUUGAUACCACUGGUGGGUAUAUCACUGUUUUAGUUGGGAAGUUGGAAGGGCUAUAGAUUUAUUCAAUUUAUGUCUACACAAAAAUAAACAAUUCUGAGCAUAGUAUUAUUAGUUGCACUUUUCUCCUUGUUGUCGAGCCAACCCAUAAUUCAACAACGAUUACACAAAACAUAGUCAGUUUUUUUUAUUUAUUGAAAACACAAGGAAAAUCGAUGAUGAACUCCUCAGCGCACCAACUAGAUUUGUGAUAGCGGUGGAGUGGUGGUGGUACGCAUUUUCUGGCGGUAAAUAACAAAUACUAAUAAAAAAUGAUUUUGAGUGAAGUUCAGUUAUACGUAUUUUAAAAUACAGGCAUUUUUACGAUUUUUAUAGAAAUUCAAUCGCUUAUAAAUAAAAAUAUUACGCUCGGCUUUUAUUUUUGUGAACAUUAAAUAUAACUUAUAAUGAAUUUAUUGUUAAAUUUUAAAACAUUUCUUUUUGGUCAAACAAUUAUAUCCAAAUAAUAUUAACCAAAUAAAAAAACUACAGCAAAAACUUGCAAAUACAAAAUGCUUACACAAAUCGCCAAAUGGUUUUUAAAACUAUCAUGUCUAGAUAAAGCUAAAAAAAAGUAUUCUUUGAAAAUAUUAGAUCUCUACAAUCAUUUUUAACUGAAAUAUGAAAAAAAAAAACAUCCUAGGAUAAUGGGGUAGGGUGCAGACAACCUAUUUGAUAUUAAAAUUCCUUUAAAAAAAAAAUACUACAUUAAACUAAAAUUUUCUUUUUUUGACCACAAAGACUCUUAAUGAACCUCAUGUUAAAUUUUCAAGUAUUAGUACAAAACUUGCAAAACAAAAAUGUCUAUAAAUAGCUCAAAAAUGACUUAAAUUUUUUGAAAAUUUGACCACGUAAAGGCAGAAAAGGCAAAUAUAAAUUUUCUGUCCAAAUUUUAAGUCCAUAGAGUCUAUACGAAUAUUUUAAUAAUUUUAAUAAUUUUAACUAAAUUUCAACAAAAAUAUUAAAAUUUUUAUAAAAAGCAUAAAAACGACAAAAAUGUUUCAAACAUUUUAUGUCUAUAAAGGGCAAAUAUAAGUUUCCUGUCCAAAUUUCAAGUCUUUACGAAUAUUUUGAACUGAAUUACAACAAAUAACAAAAUUGAAAAAUAAUAAAAGCAUUAUUUUCGUAAAUUUCUCGUUUUUUACGUUUUAUUCUGGUUUUUCCCAGAUAUGAAAACCACUUGAAAAAUCAAAAAAUUACCUCCUAAAAGUACCAUGUAGACAACAUUCCCUUUUAGAAAUAUUGCCGCGCGUUUAUAUCUGAGAGAAAUUUUUAGUAGACUUUUUGUAAACAGUAUAUAAAAAAAAAACCAAUAUAUUCUUCGCUACACUCAGAAUUUAAAAAAUUGAAAUAAUUGUUAUAAAAAUUACAAUAUUUUUACUAUAAGAGUACACACGUAAAUAAUAUUAAACUCCAUUAAAAUUAAAUAAAUAAAGAUCAAUCAAAAUUAUACUUUAUUUUUGGUUUUUUUUAUACAAGUAAGGCUACAAUUAACUUAUAUAUAUAUAUAUACGUUGUAUUAUUUUAUUUGAUAAUUAAACGCCUUGACAGGCAUAUUACAAUAUGUAAUAAAUGCAAUUAUGGACGAAAUCGGUUAAUCUGAAAUUUAUUUUGUGAACUUUAUAUCAAUUGCAAUGGGAGAUUAAAAUACAUUCAAAUCACGACACAACCAAUAGUACCUAUUGUAUGUAAAAAUGUAUUCGUGCAUGAUCUCUGACACAUUAUGUUUCCAUUUAUUAUGAGAUUUUUCACUGACCACAGUAGGUAGAUCAAAGGGCAAUUUCAUGUCACGUUUUUCUUUGGAGAUUUGACAUGUUAUUCUAUUUUGCCUAUACAAAGUAAAAUCACCUAAAAACAUUAUAAAAUACAAUUUAUCAGAUUGGUUUUGCUUAAAAAAAAAAAAAAAAAAAAGAGUAUUAUUUAUUUUAUAGAUGUUAUAGUUUUUUCAUAAUAAUAUAUUUGAAAAAUUAACGAUUAUAAAUUGUUGACUAGUUUUUUUCCAUACCUAAAUGUUUACAUCACUUCGUUUACCGCAACGAAAAAAAUCUUAUAUAUGUACAAUAUACAUAAUAUAUACAUGUAUACACUCGUCGCCUAAAGAGAUUAGAUUAGAAUAGAUUUAGAAUUAGAAUUUUUAGAAUUUAGAAUUUAGAAUAAUCUUAUUCAUACCAUUACUAGAUUUUAUAUCCGUACCGUUUAAAUUUUACUUCUCGUAUAACGUACAUCACUGCGGUGUCUGUAGUACAACGAUUUAUUGACAACAUAACAACGUCUUAUAAAUUACAAACGUCCAGUCGACCGAUGUUUGCUCCAAAAAAAAAAAAAUAAUAAUUCUGAUGAAAUUAUAUAUAUAUAUUUUUCUCUCGUUUUAUAUAAUAUCCCAAUUUAACAGUCCUAUAAGUUCAAUGACAUAUUUUUUUUUUUUAUAAUAUUACAUUUUAUGUAGCGUCCCCACGAAUGAUUUUAUCCUGGUAUAUUUUCCUUAUAGUCUUAAGAAUAUUCUCAAUAAAACGAACAGUUGAAACUAUUAUGCCUAUCUUCAAAUAAUACGCUCUUUGAAUGAUUAUUAUAAUUAUUCGUUAAAUAAUACUUAAAGGAGGGAAAGUAGUUUACUUAUUUAAAACUGGUUAGUUUUAAUAUCCUUCAUAUUUUUUUUCUUACACUCGAUAGAAAAAAUUUUUAAUUUGACCAUGAACACGUACCAAUUAACAAUGUAGAAUGUGGAAAAAUCGAUUCCAAUUCAUAUAAUUAGUCAAAAGCAUAUUCACUUUUUUCGUCGUGAUCACAGUUCACACUUACACAGGUAUACAGUUUUUUUUUUUAUACUAUAAAAAAAUAUAACGUACUCACUUAAAUUUAUAUAUAAGAACGCGAAUACGUGAUCGUUCAAUUUCCAAUUAUUUUGAAAAGAAAAAAAACCAGUAUAGUCAGGUAGGUAUCUUCGAAACGAACCUACGUAUUAUAGUCUUGUCAUUCGGAUAUUGAAAUAAUAACUGCACAGCAUAGUAUUAUUCUAGUCGGGUUUUUAAACUCUACAUAGGUAGGUAAUUUACUCAAUAGGCUGGUUAAUCGAAAAUAAAACAAAAAAUACGUUUCUAUAUAAAAAAAUCAAUUUAUUUUAGAUUCCUAGCAGAGAGAAAAAGCUAUUAUAUAAAUUAUUAUAUAUUAUAUAAAGAUUUAAUAGUAUGUGUUUAUUUUCGAUUAAUAUUUUUUUAAAACAAUAUACAUUUUUCAAAAUAUGUAUAUUUAAUCUCGACUAUUAUCUUUCGUCCAUUGAUCGAAGCGAUACAAAUACCCCUUAAAUUAUAAUAAUUAUAAUAUAAUAUAAUAAUAUAAUAAUAUAUAUAUGUAUAUAUAUAUAUAUAAUAAUAUAAUAUGUACAUUGUACCUAUCUCACUUUUCUAUUAUUCUAGUGUAGAAUAAACAAGUUAAAUAAAUUGGUGAUUUUAAAUUAUAACGAGUCGCUUAUAAAAUAAUAUACUCAUACAAUUAAAUUAGUAAAUUAAUUAUUAUUCAUUCACAAAUACUUAAAUGUCCGUUAUUUUGUUUAUGAACUGAUUAUUAAUUAGAUAGAUAUCGUAAAAUUGCACGUCAAUCACCGUAUUACUUUUCUAUAGGUACCUACUACCUAAACAAUAAAAAGUGGAACAGUAAUUCCGGUGUUAUAAACACUCGUCUCGCUUCGCUCACCUUUGUGUAGGAUAUAGAAUACAAUGACGAAUAUAGAUAAAGACUAUAAGAUUCUAGUUAAUAUUAUAGUUCAUAGGUUAAAGAUUUAUUAUAAUGAUUUUAGAGUUGCUAUUACACAUUUACUUGUAUGUAUCUUUUGGCUGUUUUUUCAUUGUUUCGAAAUUAAUUUUGAAACUGGAAUACUUUAUAGAUAAUCUCUCUGAAAUAUCAUUACAAUGUUCAACUUCGAAUAGAAGUAUCUAUCUCUCACUUUCUAUACAUAUAGAUACUCCUACAUGACAAAUUUAAUAGAUAUUUACUGGUUUAAAAAGUGUUUUCCGGAAAAAAAAAAACCUGUCAUUGUAAAAUUAAUGGCUCCCUGGCUAUGCUCGUAAAUCGUAAUUCAAUAAUAUAGAACAGAAAAUACGCCUCGGUUUAAAUUAUACCCAGUGUUAUAUUAUUAUUUUUAACUUAGAAGCAAUGUUCUAUAAUGUACUACAAUUAAAUUCGGAAAACGAUUUGGACUUGAUUAACCGAAAAUUGUUGAUAUCUUGUUAAAAUAGAUUUAUUGCAAGUAUUUCAGUUUUUUUUUUCUGAUAUUUCUAAUAUUUAUAGGAAUAUGUUUUUAUAGUAUUUCGAAAAUAAAUAAAUGCUUGAACAUUUUUAGAUUAAUAUAGAAUAAUAAUAGUUUUAUGCGACUCAAUGAGGGAAAAGCAAAUUGUGUAUUAUACUUUAAGUAUUACCCAUCAGAAUAGAGAUGUAUAAUAUUAUGAUAUACCUUUUAUUUUUCACAUUGAUAAUAUUCAUAAACCAUAGUUAUCUUACCUCUAACUACAAAUAUCAAAAAUAAACAGGUAUACAAAAAAAAAAAAAAAUACAAGUAAAAACACGAAUAAAAAUUUAAAAUAUUAAAUAUUAUGGUUUCCUAUACUUGAUUUUUUUCGAUCGAUCAACAUACAGUGCAUUUAACCAAUUAUUAUUACUCUGCGUACCGUAUUUCUUUUUAUAUAUGAUUUAUAACUUUUGUAUCCCGAUUCAUUUUAUCGGUCGCUUUUGAAUUGAAAUUAUUUAAUUUAAAUAUUCAAUUGUAACGGAGCCCGGAUAUACUACAAUUUUGAACAAUUUUUAAAUUAAAGUCAUUACUAUAAUCUAUAGAACUACAAGUUUUAGGUUUCUCGUAAAAAUGUAUUUGCGUUACGUAGGUAUAGGUGCAUUUCACAAGCGAGUGAGAUCGGUGACACAUGAAAUCAUGCGAUACCCAACUUAUUAUGCCAUAAAAUCGACUACUAUUGGUAAUAAACUUUUCGGUUGAAUUGUUUAUUACGCGUCUGUAUAUUUUUUGCCUAGGCAAUAGUUUUCUACCGAGAUCCGGUUGGAGAUCCUAUAUUGUAUGUAUCGCUGACCUGGCCCGUGUGUCAUGGGAAAAUAACACAAUAAUAUUAUAAUAUACGUUUUAAGUACAAUACGUGUAUUUCCAAACCAUAUAGAAUUGCAUGAAGCUUUUUAACUACCUAUUUUUAUUGUCAUAUCGCUGUAAAACCAAUAGUUCUCCUCUCACCCGAGGCACUCAAAAUGCAAUAACUAAAUUGUAUAAAAUGUGCAUAAACCUAUCUAUUUAAAAAAAAAAAAAAAAUUAUGUUUAAAUGUUGCAUAAUAGAAAAUAUAAUAAUAUUAUAUUGAGUAAUGAUAGUAAAAUCUCCAUAGUAUACUCUCAAUAAUAUAAUAUAUCAUAUAAUAAAAGGUUAAUUAAAAAGAACUUUUUUAAAAUAAUUACGUUUAAUAAUAAACACAUUCUAUCACAUUAUUAUUCACCCUUUUUUUUAUUAUUAUAUUGUAUAAUGUAUAAUCUCUAAAAUUGUUUCACGACUAGUUAUUACUUAUUUCACACGGAUGAUAUAUUUAAUAUAUUUGUAUGGUAUGCGAGUCCAGUCACAAAUUCAAAAAUAUUUAUCGUAGCCGUUUGUAUAUUAUUAGGUAUUUAUUAUAACGCACCUAUAAAUUAUUUUUUCCACGUUGAUACUAAGAGGAACUCUGUGCGUAGGUAUCGCGUUUUGCCGCGUAUGUGUUUGUUGUUCCGUGGCCUCCAGUUAGGUGAAGGCCACGGUCGGCUCUCAUUGGUUUGCAACCGGUUCCGCCGCAGCAUCUAGGUCAAACAUUCCGCGUCUGUGUUAUUAUAGCGCCUUGAGUCCGCGUCAAGACGUAGAAAUUUCACUGGAACUACUGAAAAUGUGUAGUAGCUUCGAACUAGGAGUUCUCUCUUUCUUUUUGGAACACAUAAGGUAGGUAGAUGGUUAUACGGCUAUACAGCAUGUGUGUCGUCGAUAUUGUUAGUUUUGUGUAUUUUGCGAGUGCGUGAAUUAAUUUCACGUCUGAUUACUGCGGUGAAUGAUUUGGCGACAAGACAAGGGCCUUUCUUCUGUACCGUCUCGUCCGUAUUAUAUUUUUUAUAAGAUAAUAAGAAUAAGAAUUUCCGUACUACUUAUAUACUGUCAAUGGAAAUUGAAAUCUGCCCUUUAUUUUCAAAAAAUAUCAAUAACUUUUGGUAAACGUAUCGAGUAAAUUGAUUUAUUUUUUUUUUUAGAAAUAAAUUUCUACAGUUUGUCUGAUUAGUAUAUAAAAUACUACGAUUCUUAGUUUUGGAUAGCUCAUAACUAUAGACUUAGACACCUAUAUGUUUUUCUAAGUAUACACAGCCUAAAAAGAAUUUAUACUGAUGAAAAAUAAAAUCUAUUUAAAAGUAAAAAACCAAAAGAUAUCGAUCACUAUCGUUGUUUAUUGUUUUUGUGUUGGCCUAUGAACUUGGAAGUGUUUAGAGAUGCACACCAGGACCUUGAGAUGAAAUUCUUAAUCUAUUGUUACCGACGUAAAUCGUGACCAUUUCAUAUUAGAGGCACGGUAAUAACUGUUCAAAUUAUCUUAUAAUAAAAUAAAGUCAAGGGUAAAUAUUUUAAUAUUUUACUUUCUUUUUUAUUCAUAAGUACCUAUUAAUAUUGAAAAUAAAUAGUGAGCACUAAAGAACUAGAUUAUGCCUAUUUAAUUAAGUAUAUGCACGUGUUACCUAAAUGUUAAAUUUGUUUACUUUAUUAAAUAUUAUACAAAUAUUCUUUCUAUAAUUUAAGAUAAUUAUUUUGGUUUAACAAUAUGUAGUUGUUUAUUUUUAAGAUUAUUAGAAAUUGAUAAUUAAAUUUUAAAAUGCAAUAAUAUUCGCUUUCUUUCUAUUAUAAAUAUACUUUCACGUUAUAUAUAAUAAUAUAAUAAAUAUCACGUUAAAUUCAAUGCAUAUAAAAGAGGUUUAGACAAUAUAUAUAGAGAUAAAAAAGUUUAAGAAAAUAUGGUGCCUGAUAAUAUUAUAUAAAUAAGCUCAAUAGGUACUUAUAUAUUUUAUUACAUAAAAUCGUAUUUCCUGAUUUUCUCUUAGUUUGAAUACAAUAACUAAAGGUUUUAUUUUUCGAAAGAAUAAUUUGAAUAUUAAAAACUUAAAUAUAUAUUUCUAACUCUUCUCAUAUAAUAUAUUAAACAUUACUAACAUUAUAAAUAGGUACCUACUUAUUAUUUUAUUUAAUUCCAUGAGAGUACAAAUACCUACAUACAAUAUAUUAUAUUAAAUUAUAUUUCGUAAACUAUUAUGUAUGUUAAUAUUUAGUAUAUGUAUUAAUCAUGUUUUUUUUUUUAAAUACGUAACUAUGAAUCACACUUUUUAAUUAUACACAUAUAUAUAUAUAUAUUUUGAUUAAUAUCGAUUUUAAUUUAAAUCAACAUUUUUGUUUCUUAUUACAUAAGCUCACAAUAAUUAUUAUUUUCGAAAGUAAAGAAACGUGCAGGUGUGCAUGAUGCAUCGUUGUUAAAUUAUAUGUUUUCCACUACAAGCGUAUAGAUGGAAGAUGCCUUCUUUUUUAAUAGGGUUGGACCCUUCUGAACAACAUUCAAAAACCUGUUGUUCCACUUAGUGAAAAUCUACCCAUGGUAAAUUAUAAAAAAUAACUUCCCCAAACUAUUCAGAAACACAAUACUCGAUGAUUUUGUUUUCUAAAAUAUCCAAACCGCAUUCCAAAGUGAACGUAUACAAGACUACAGGAUAUAUUAUAUAGUCAUAAAGUCUCAUAUGUACGACGUACACAAUUUACUUUAAGUAUUAUAACUCAAACGAAUAGAAUAUUUAUAUCAAUUUAUGUUCAUAAUACUUAUUAUCGUAUUAUACUUAAUUUACUUAAUGAAUAAACAGUUUUGUGGGUUUUAAAGUUUUAAGCGAAAAAAUUAAAAGUAGGUAAAACAAAGAAUUCAAUAUUACACAUUUCAAACAAUUUACGUACCUAUAGUUUUCUUUUAUCUAUAAAAAAAAGGUUUUUUUCAACUUAAGGUCUGUUUGUUUCAAAAUGUCUAGUUUUUUUUGUUGCUAUAUGUGAGAUCGCAUGUUUUUUAUUUUUUAGUAAUUCAUAUAAUAUAUGCUUUGUCAGGCGAAACAAUAGAUAGUGUACCUACCUAGUGUAAGUGAAAUUUUUACCGGGAGGGUCAUAACAUUAUCUCGCAGCAGGUAAUCUGUGUUCCAAACAUCAUGUUCAAAAAAACAAAAACUUCCAUAUAUUAUAUGAAAGUAACAGUUAAAGUAGUAAACCCAUUUUCAUUGUUACGCUCAGUAGCCUGCAUGUUAAUAUAAUAUUGUUAAAUAGAUAGGAACCUAUAACUAGAAAAAAAAACAAUAAUCGGUAAUUUCAAUUACGGAUCAUUUUUAAUUUUUAAAAGUCAAAAAAAUAAUAAAAUCUAAAAAUUCGACAUUUCAUACUUGUAGAAUUCUCGACAAAUUUAUAUUAUAGUAUAAUAAUAAAUAUGUACAAUAAUAAAGAAAAUCAAAAUGAGUUCGUCUUGCUAUAUAGCUGCAACUAUUAUGGGGGUAAAGACGAGUUGCAUGACCUAAGAACCAAUCUUCGGGGUUUAAGAAGGGGUCAUUAACAAUAGUAGUGUAAUUUUCGCUUUUUGCUCGUCCGCCGUCGCCGAGACGUCGAGACCACUCAUUUGGAACUGCACAAACCACAGACACUGUACAAAAAUGAUAGUUUAUUUCUUUGAGGAUUGAAUAAAGCACGUUGUCGGUUAUUUUCGUUUGCCUCGAGAAAUACCUUAGUAAAAAAAAAAAAAUGAUUGUACGGAUGUACGUAAGUAUAUAAACUACAACCGGUUCUACCUCACUAGAAACGUGCUCUAGGUUUUCCUACGUUUCGUAUUUUCGACCAAUGACGAUUGACGAUCAUCAUAUUUCGUGUUUCAAUACGUUUCCCACAAAAUCAUAAUUGUUGGUGUUCAUAAUAAUUCGAAAUCAAGAGGGAAAAAAAACGAUAACUAUAUGUGAGAAUAUUGUUUUCAUACAAUCGGGGUUUCCAUAUAGUUUAAUAACCAAAAUGAAUGUUAUGACGACAUCCAUAUCAUAUUUUUUAUGCGAUAGAAUCACAAAAAUAGUAAUUUAACGAGUUUUAAUAUACUUUAUAAUAUACUUAUUUUAACAUCGAUUUUACUAUAAUGGAGUAGACAUAAAUAAAAUAAACUAGUACUCGUGAUAGGAUUAAAGUAAUUAUAUUAUUGUUCCGUAUUGGACGUAAUUUGAUGUGAAAUGUGAUGAAAAAUCCUUACUCACAUGAGUAAGAAUUUUUCAUGGAAUAUGUGUAUAGAAUUUGACGAAUUUUUAAUGAUUCGUUUAUACUUUAUAGGCAUAUGAGCACUUUAUAUAUUUUCUACCGGGGUAGCUGGUAUAGGUAGGUAGUAAGUAAACACCUAAAUAUCUACUUGUGUAUCCGCAUAUACGUGCGGAUGAUUAAUCGGAAUUUCGUGUUUUAAGCGUUGGUGGUAACGAAUCGCAUCGCCGAGGAAAAUGAUGAUAUUAUUAUUAUUUUGUUAUGCCCGUUGACAAAACGAAUAAUUAUAAGUAGGAUUUAAUACUAUAUUAUGUUGUUGCCGACCGUUUUGAAGAAGUUGAAUCACGCGGACCAUGACCACUCCCUCCGCUUUCACUGACUGCGUUCCAUCCGGCCGGAAGACCUACAUAUGGAAAAGUUUCCAGGCUAUAACGCCAUGUAUACGACGCAUAUAUUAUUAUUAUCAUAUUAUAUGAAUGUAUAUAGACAUAUUAUACACAUAAUGACGAAGUGUCCAUACAGAAAAUUUCCAAAGUGGAUUUUGAGUCAUGGCUAUAUUAUACACUUAUAUAUAUAUAUAUAUAUAUAUAGAUAGAUAUACUGUUGCUAUCUUUUGUACUGCUGCGACACAAUAUUAUAUACAUUAUAGGUACAAAAUAUUAUAAUGUGCCUAAAAUAACGAGCUUGAAUGAUCCGGUGAAUUAUUAUUGUAAUACAUUAUCAGGUACCUAUAGUAUUAUAAUAAUAUUAUUAUUUAUAGAUACCGUGUAUAAUAAGAAAAUAUUUAAGGCAAAAUUUCAACGCGGCAAUCGCAUAUACCCAAUUUAUAGUGUACCUAGGUAUUAUGUUAUGUGUUAGUACGCGCGUAAUAAUUGUUCGACCGAAGCGAAACAAAUUAAUUCUCUCCGGAGGAUCAUAACAAUAAUAUUAUUAUUAUGCGCGACUUCUCCCGGAAAACUUUAAUCGGCGUAUUCGUGAUAAACGGUCGAUACAGUGAACUGAUCCAUGGACAUAGUUUUCGGUCUAAAAACUAAAUAAUUUAAUAUAAUAUUGUUGAUAACUGUCAUGUAGGUAGUUAUACAAUCAUAUAUUAUAGUUAUACGAUUAUUUGUGUAAGUAAACUUGAAGUUUAACUUGAUCUACAUAACGCACUCUCUCUCUCUACAUAUAUAUAUGUACUCUAAUAAUAUUCACUUUUGAAUGGAGAAUUAUAAAUUGUAUAGAAACGUAAUUUCUAUCGUGAACAAAUUCUAUAAUACUAUACGAACAAUAACUGGAUUGAAUUUUUCCGAAUGUCGCGGUAUUUCAAGAUUUUUGGACAUAAAGGAUAUCCAUUGGUUCUAGUCUCUUUUUCAAACAAAUUCGGUUGAAGUCUUAAACAUAGUGCUAAAAUUACGCGCCUUCGUAGCAAUAACACCGUUGUCAACGAUUUGUUUUUUUUAUUUUAAUAUAUCCGUGUAAUCAAUGAAACAGAUAGAUGAAGAUCCUUUUGUUGUUUUUUAUGCCGGCAAAUUAUUAUUUCGGCGGUUUUAGUAAAUUCGAUUUAUCCAUCUAUCUGUUUAUCAGUUAGGUAUUUAUUAUAUUAUUUUUUAACAAAAUUUAGAAAUUAAGAAAUGUACCUAUACGUUUUUAUUCUAAGUCAGUAAAUUUACGUGUAUAUUUGACCAACUCAUAAAACUGUACCUUAGAAAGACUCGGUCUCCAGAUACUAUGAAUUACACAAUAAAGUAUCCGCAAUUAAAAAAAUCCUAAUUAAGAAUAUUGCUACAGAUACACUAUUUCUUUUAUUAUCUUUCUUUAUCGUUAAACGCAGUAUUUUUAUUAUUAUUAUUAUAUACUGUUAUUAUAUUAUGAUAGAAGUAAAAUGUAAAAACAAAAAAGUUUUACGCUGAUCCAUGUCCCCUGACCCACAAACCUGAUCGUUCGAUACGACCGUCAUAUCCUAUAGUUUUACGUAGCAAAUUCGUUUUACUUUUCACGCCACAACUAUGUGUAUAUAUAUAUUUAUAUAAUGCAACUAUUUAGAGCUUCAGUGAUUGUUUAUAAAACACUGAAUGAUUUAUUAUAAUAUAUUAUAUAUCACGUUAUUUUUUCAUUGUGUUAAAUUAUUAAAUAAUAAUUGUCCUAUAAUCAAUAAAUAUAAUGAAGUUAUAUAAAUAUAUUACAAAAAGAUGUUCAACAAUUUGUUUAAAUGUUUGUUCAAAAAUAUACGUAGAAUAUUGAUUUCUUCAAAUGAUCUAGUAUCUACUCGUUUUAGUAUACUUUCAUUUUAUUUUAUACAAUUAUAUAUAUAUUUAUAUUAUUUAUGUGUAUGUAUAAUACAUUUAUACAUAGUUUAUACCUUAUAAUUACACCAGUUUUACGAGAUUUCUCUACAGGUAUUAAAUCUUCGUUUACAUAUUAUAUUAUAUCUUAUGUCGUGUCAUAUAUAUUAUAUAUUUUUUUUGUUUAUAGUGUUAAAUGUGGCUGCGGGAAAAGCACCUAUGCAAAUCAGUUCAGAACCCGGUGGCCUGCCUCAAAAAGCAAUUGACGGCAGCACCAGCUCGUUUUUCAGCCCCGAAACAUGCACACUCACUAAACCUGAACGUACUCCGUGGUGGUAUGUUAACCUGUUGGAACCAUAUAUGGUGCAAUUGGUGAGAUUAGAUUUCGGCAAAGCUUGUUGUGGUGAGUGUUUAAAUAAUUAAAAUCAUUUCGAAUUUAUUCACGUAUAAAAUAACAAUAAAUAGAUGUAUUAAAUCAAAUUCUACUAAAUAUUUUAAUUAUUUAUAAAAUUAAAAUUCACACAACAAAAUAAAUGGCAAUAGUACAUGUACUUAUUUAAUCUUUAAACGUUAUUUUAUUAGUGGUUAAGGAAUGAAAAUACAAAUUUAAUUUGUCUCUACAUUUGUGUCCAUCUGACAAAAUACCCGAUUGAAACAAAAUUUGUUUAAAAAAAAUGAAUAUUGACAGAGUCAUUAGCAUUCGGAUAAUACUGUAGAGUGUAGGACACUCACUUUCAAAAUUGUUUAUUUAUAUAUAAAACCAAAAUUCAUCAUAAUUUGUAUUUUUAAUUUGGUGUAUACAAAUUUUUUAAGCACAUAUCUACUGUUAAACUAAGAAAUGUAAUUAACUAUUUUAUUUCAAUUUAAAAUAAAAUCAAUACAAAUCAAUUGACUCAUAAGAAAUUUAAUAAAAUUCUAUACUUCGUACAAACAACUAAUGGUGCGUUAGGCGUAUAAAGACAAUUAUAAAUAGUAAAAUAAUAUAAUAUAUUAUGAGUGUUUUCACUUCAGAAAGAAGUUUGUUACUCUUUAUAUAAACACUAUAUUACUUUCGCGUUGUUUGUAUUCAUAGAGGUAUUUUUGGUAAAUAAGUUAAAGAAAUUAAACCAAUUUAAAGUAUCAUUCAAUAUUCUAUUAGCACGUGCGAAAAACGUGCACAGGAAACCGGUCAAAGAAAGUGGUACCUACUAUAUACUGAUUUUACUACUUGUAUUGUCGUUACUGUGUAAUAAAACAAUACAAAUAUUUGAUUUUUGAGAAGUGACUUUUCACACAGUCUGGAAAUUUCCCAAGUCAUAAAGCUUGUCAUAAUGACACUAUAUAUUACUCUUGAUUGUUUACAAUUGAACAAUAUAAAUAUGAAGUGUUGUUUGUCACACGCGUGUAAUAUUGAUUACAGGUAAAAACAAACCUGCAACGAUCGUCGUUCGAGUGGGAAAUAAUAGGCCCGACCUAGGGACGAAUCCUAUUUGUAACCGAUUCACUGGAUUUAUCGAUGAAGGGAAACCGUUAUUCCUUCCAUGUAAUCCACCAAUGCCUGGAGCAUUUGUCAGUGUUCACGUGGAAACUACUAGUGGAUCCACCCAAUUAUCAAUAUGUGAAGCUUUCGUUUACACCGAUCAAGUACCUAUAUUUUUUUAAUAAAAUAAUAAAGUAAAAACAAAAUUAUUAAAAUUAUUGAUGUUUAUAUUUUUUCAUAAUAUUUAAAUGUGUUUACAAAAAUAACAAUUCAAUAAAUUAUACACUUACAUAAUCAUUAUGUAGAGAGCCAUUUUUAUAGUUAUGUUAAAAUAAUUUUCAGGCGUUGCCGAUUGAAAGGUGUCCACAGUUUAGAGAUCAACCGCCAGGAAGUACUGCUACAUAUAAUGGAAAAUGUUAUAUAUUUUAUAAUCGGCAACCAAUGAACUUGAGAGAUGCGUUAAGUUUUUGUAGAUCAAGAGGUGGGACGUUGGUUGACGAAAGUAACCCUGCAUUACAAGGAUUCGUUAGUUGGGAAUUGUGGAGAAGACAUAGGUAAAAAAAUGGAAAACAUACAUGUAUACCAUAUACUAAUUUAUUGACUUGACGUUUAGUUUUAAACUAAAUUUUAAUGAAAAUACAAUUAUUAUAAACUAAUAGAAUAAUGUUAGAAUGAAUAACCUUUUUCAGGAGUGAUUCGCAGAGCCAAUAUUGGAUGGGUGCUGUAAGGGAUACUCACGACAGAAAUAACUGGGUGUGGUUAAAUGGCGAUGAUCUGACUGUAUCAUUCUGGAGUGUACCAGCAAGUGGACCUGACGCGACAGCUAUAAAUGGCGGCGAUUGCGCUCGAUUCGAUGGUGCUAAGGGUUGGUUAUGGUCGGAUACUAACUGCAAUGCCCCGCUAAAUUUCAUCUGUCAACACCGUUCGUAUUAAUUUAUUUCAGUUUUUAAUCUUGAACUAUUUUGAUCUAAGCGUCUUAAACCAUAUUUAUUUUUGUUUGUAGAGCCCACUGCUUGCGGUAAACCAGAGCAGCCACCAAAUUCAACGAUGCUUGCUGAAAACUUUAAUGUGGGUACUGUGGUCAAGUAUUCUUGCGACGAGGGUCAUCUUUUAAUAGGUCCAGGAACUCGUACGUGUCUUGGAACAGGAUUUUAUAACGAAUUUCCACCAGUGUGUAAACGUAAGUUCAGCAAUUAUUUAUAGCGUAGGUACAAUUAAGAUUUUUGCUUUGUACCUUUAUCUGUAAACAUUUUGGUAUUUUAGGAAUUCAAUGCGGAUUUCCUGCAGAAAUUUCCAAUGGCAUCUAUAAACUAAUCAAUGGAACCGUAAAUUAUUUAAGUCAAGUACAAUAUAGUUGUGUUGAAGGGUAUAAAAUGAACGGUCGGGAUCGAUUAAUUUGCGAUUUAGACGAAAGAUGGGACGGACCACCUCCUAAGUGUACAAGUAAUACAUAUAUCCUCUUAAACUUAUAACUAUACCAUUUAAUAUUUACAUGAUAAAUAUUAUAAACAAACAUUUAUAUAUUAAGUUCAAAAAUGCGAGGAUCCUCCAACAAUUCCAAAUGCCGAAUACCAAAUGUCAAACAACGAGAGUGUUGUUGGAACAAUAGUCGAAUACUCUUGCGUAUCAAAACGAUUCCGUUUAGUUGGACCAAAACAAUUGGUAUGUUUAUCAAGUGGUCAGUACGACAGUAAACCGCCUUAUUGUAAAGGUUAGUAUUACCUACUAUAAACAAUAUUAUAAUGAAUAAUAGUGCUACAAUGUGAACCGAUUUAAUAUUAUGAUGUUAUGUUGUUACAUGGUAUUCAGAAGAAAUCAAAACAUCAGUUGUACCGGUAUUGGUGACUAGACCCGUGUCUACCAGUACGACUACCGUUCCUAGUAGCCGUGCGCCGCCUCCGCCACCGUCGUCUUCUAGUCGUGAAAAACCGCGCCCGUUCACCACCAAACCCACUAUAGUGACGAAACCUACCCACGAACAAGUACGUUAAUAUUUUGUUUAACAUCGAUGUUACAAUGCGUGAGAGUAAAAAGUAGGUAAGUAAAUAGGUAUUAUACCUAUGUAUACACUUUUUGGGUUACAAAUAAAAAAUAGCUUAACAAUGGUUUAUCUGCGAGAUUAUUAGUUUAAAUCCAAAAAUUCGGUGGUGUUUUAUCAACCGGAAACUAAGCGAACGUUACUUUCACUUCAUAUAUUUAUUAUAGGACGAUAGCGGCCAGACGUCGUCCAAUGUGGUAAUUGCCUCGGCGCAUCCGCACGACAACGAGAUUCCGGACAGCGUUCACGUCCGAACAAACCCAAACGCGGCCAACAUACCGUCUCAGGUGGAAAGCGAACACAGGCUCGGCCCUAAACUAAACUUGGGUAAUUUACUAAUCAUUUUCAAAUAGUAAUUACUACUGUGAAUAAACCUAUGCAGUUUUAGUGUUUAUAAACUAGCACGUCAAAUUAUUGAAUUAUCAUUGUUUAACAGGGGCAAUAAUCGCGUUGGGAGUGUUCGGAGCGUUCGUGUUCCUAGCGGCAGUUGUAACCACAAUCGUUAUAUUAGUGAAAAGGUAAUGCUACUUUAACUCAAUAAUAAUAAUUACUAACAUACGCUGCUGUAUUUAAUAUAUUAUAAUAUUUAUACACAUAUAGUACCUAUAGGAUUAUCUAUAAUAAUAUAUAUAGGUAAUAGGUAAUAUGUAUUAUGAUUAAAAAAAUGUGUGCGCGAUUUAAAAUCCUCUUGUGUGUCUCUAUGCGACUAACAAUAAUAUAAAUCGCUUGUCGGCUGCUAUAUGUGGGCUGUUUUGUUUUUGUUCGCAGCAAUAGGAACCACAAACUACCGUCCGGUUCGCAUAACAUGCCGUCCCGAUGGUAUACACUUCUGGCAAUGCCGUUCCCCGACCAGCAAGUCGGACGGCGUCAGUUCUCUAGGGCGUAUAGAAACCGAGCCGGCUAUUUCUCUAAUCCGUUAUGACAAAAUAACCGCGCACUGCAAUAAAUACAUAAUAUUUUACGCGUGUACCUACUAUAUCAAAAUACAAAAAAAAAAACCAUAUACCCAAAAACCUAUAAAAGUCUAAGGUACGACUGAUAUAUGUAUCAUCAUCACCACUGUCAUUUUUUUUUUCUAUUCGCACUGCCGGUGUUCUCGUCCGAUUACAGCGCACAGUUUUUUUAUGUACCUAUUUAUUUGUUUUUCUUUCUUUUCUUUUUUUUAUCGCACGCUACGCUUCUUUUUUUCACACGCUUAAACAUAAUAUAAUAAUAUGUAGGUUCCUAUAUUGUAAUCGGUUAACGAGCAGCCCGGAAUAUUCUUCGGCGUCAUGCGUUUUCCCGCGGAAAUCAAACGGUUUAUUUACCUUGAUUUUUUAUUUUUUUCAGGAAUCGCAGUGCUAAACACUACCGCCACCGUGCAUCCCCGGACACGAAUACGGUAGCUUCGUUGGACUCGUCUGGGUCCGAAAGCCGGGGAGGUCUUAACCGGUACUAUAGACAAGCCUGGGAGAACUUACACCAGUCGGCAGCGUCUCCGAAACACUCUCGACAACACCACCACCACCAUCACCACCAUGCCGGGGGUGGCAGACGCAAGGAUACAAUAGAUUCGUCAGCCCGGGUAGAGAGCAUGCGUGACGGGGCCGAACUGGUAGUCAAUGACGUGUACCAUCCCCGAACGCAAGACAAGAAGAGACAUCAUCAUCAUCAUCAUCAUCAAAACAGAUCAGUCAACAGAUAUUGAGUAGCGGUUGGGGGGGGGUCGUAAAUGAGGAUUUCGAUGUUGCUUUAGGUACCUACCUAUCUAUAGCUACUAUUAGCUAAUGUAGUAGUGUUUCAGAUUAAAUUCAUAAGUUGCAUACCUACCUAGAUCUGUAAUAGUAGCGUCGGGACCUUUAAAUAAUAUAGAAGAGAACAAUUUAUUCAUGAUCCAUUAAACCCACUCCAGCCAAUUGAUUUACAUUAUAAUAUACAGAUCUAAGGUGUUUUCACAAAAGUCAGUAAGUGACCAAUUUAUAGAGCCCACAUUCAUCUACCACCUGACCAAAAUCCAGAAGCAAGAACUGCUUCCAACAAACAUUGUUUAAUACGCCAUUGGUCUGUAUAACAUUAAUUUACUCAUACUUUCCCUUUGUAUACGCCUAGAUGAUUAUUUACCUACCUUCUCAACAGUGUUCUGAGAACAGAUACCACAUUUGUAAUAUCUUCCUAUUGUAGAUUAAAAAUCACCCUGUAGCACAUUUAUGGCAAUUUGUUUUCACUUCCAUCAGCUAAAUAAAUACCAAAGAUUUUAACUUUUUAUUUAAAACAUGGGGCACUGAAUAUAAUAAAACAUAUUUAUUUGAUAAUCCCAAGAAAAUUAAUAUUUCAAUAUAACAACAUUUAAAUAUAAUAAACGUUAUUCAAAAUACCUUAAACUUUUCGGGCGAAUUGCUUUGAUAUUUGGUUGAACAAAAUAUAUUUGUGUAAAACAUUAAAAAUAUCUUCUGCAGUCUAAACUAUUUUCUUAUUAACUAGUUAAUGACUAAUAACUUAGUUAAUAAGUCUAUGUUCUGCAUUAUAAAUUAACAGUGAUUUUACAAUGUUCAUUGAAAAUUAUUAAUACUUAAUUUCCAAUUAUUGUUAGUUCAAACUCAUAUCAAAGUAUUGGUGAUUGCUUUGUAAAUAAAAUAUUUUAAUCCUAAAUUAAGUAAUUACUGAUAUUAUUACCUGAUUUAAAUAAUUGACUAAACAUAACUCAAAUAAUGCAGUGACAUGACAUUUAAGUAUUUAACAUAUAACGUCACAAAUAUAUUGUACACAUAGUUCCUAUAAUUAAUUCACAUGAACAGUUAUUAUUUAAAGUUGCAUGUACAUUACAAUCAUUAUCUAUAUGAUAUUAUUUCCAACAUAUAAAAAAAUAAAAUGAUAAUUUACAUUAUAUCUUAGAAACUUUAAAUAAAAAGUAUAUUUUUUUAAAUCUUAUCAUAAAAGAUAUAAAAUAAUUAUACAAUUAAUAUUCUACAUAUUAUAAAAAUAAUUAUGACAAGUUACAGUAGUUUUUGUGGGGAGUUUUGCUAAAGUUUUAUUGUUUGGUUUUUUAUUUUUAGAAUUCACUAUGCGAAUCAUUUUUGGUUUUUGAAUACCUAACAUUCAAAUAAUUUUUAAAAAUGAGUUGAAUUUUGUCUACCUUUACUAUAAUUAUAAGGCAAUAUAUUAUAAUUGAUUCACAUCUCUACAAAUUGCUAAAUUGUAGGAAUACAAUUUAUCAACGACUGAAAAAAGGCCGCUUAAAGUCAACCAAAAAAUUGGAAUCCUCAUUUUGGUCUUUUUAAAAGAUAAGAUCCCCUAAAUUAUAUUGUCAGCAUUGGACAUAAUAUGUAUUAUUUUUAAUGUUACCUUUUCUGACGUUGCAAUUUAAGUCAAUAAUAUUUAAGCUUAAUUAUUAUUAUUAUUAUACAUAAUAUAUUUAUGAAUUAUUUAUUUAUUUUUAUAUAAAAGUAUUACAAUUUACAACAAACUUGUUCAAGUUAUAGAUAAUAUUCAUUGUAUACAUGUUUCUUUUUUUUUUAUUUGAUUGUCAAAAUCAUAAAAAAAAAAAAAAAGGUAAAAAAAAUCUAAACUACAUAUAUAAACUUUUACUGUCAAAGUUUAUCGCGAUUAUAUAUUAUACAAAACAUAAUUUUUUCAUCUUGUUUUUUUAGAUUAAUUAAUUAAUUAAAUUAUUGAAUUUUGUAAAUAUAAUAAAUAUAGCCAAGGUAUAAUAUACUUUGAUCAAUAAAUUACAUGUGUAUACAUUCCACGCAAAAUAUAGUGUAGUAUACAAUAUUAUUCAAUAAUAUGUUUAAUGGUUAUGAACAUUAUACAUGUUACACACAAAUAAUAAUAUAUUAUACAUAUUUAAAUUUGAUAUAAUUUGAAGACACAAUCAUUUUAUUUUGAAAUAUUGGUUUAAAUAUUUUGCUGUUAUUUUAUUACUGUUGUUUUAGGAACCUAAUUAAAAUGUUAU